CAGAACCGCAGGAAGGGCGGCAGAGAGCGGGGUUGGGAGGCCUGUAAGCGGAUACCGAGCGGCACUGUGAGCAGCUGUGACAGGUUUUAUCAUCCAGUCUUAAUAACCUCAUAUUUCCAAUAUGGGGAAUGUAUUUGCCAAUCUCUUCAAAGGCCUUUUUGGCAAGAAGGAGAUGCGUAUUCUCAUGGUGGGUUUGGAUGCCGCUGGAAAGACCACCAUUUUGUACAAACUGAAACUGGGAGAAAUAGUAACAACUAUUCCAACAAUAGGCUUUAAUGUUGAAACAGUAGAAUACAAGAACAUCAGUUUCACAGUGUGGGACGUGGGUGGUCAGGAUAAGAUUCGACCUCUGUGGCGUCACUACUUCCAAAACACACAAGGUUUAAUCUUUGUGGUGGACAGUAACGACCGUGAGCGAGUAAAUGAAGCCAGGGAAGAGCUUAUGAGAAUGUUAGCAGAAGAUGAACUCCGUGAUGCAGUCUUACUAGUAUUUGCUAACAAACAGGACUUGCCUAAUGCCAUGAAUGCAGCAGAAAUCACAGACAAGUUAGGCCUGCAUUCCCUUCGCCAUAGGAACUGGUACAUCCAGGCUACAUGCGCCACUAGCGGAGAUGGGCUUUAUGAAGGACUGGACUGGUUGUCCAAUCAGCUCCGAAACCAUAAAUGAAACCUGCAUCCUUAUUGUUUUGUUUUUUUUUCCUGUUCAUGCCUUCCUCAUUCCUCCUCCCCCCCUAUGCUUCUCUCUGAUGUGGCAGUCUGUGCUACUUUGCGGUAUCGAGUGCCGGAAUCAGUCCAUUUUCUCCUCCCCCCCGCAGUACGUAUUGCACCGCGCUGUAAAUGUGGCACGAGAAAAGCCUGCAAACAGUUAGGUGUCUUAUUUAAUGUAAAUAGUUUGUUUCCAAUGAGGCAGUUUCUGGUACUCCUAUGCAAUACUACCCUAAAUUUUUUUAAAACUUCUCAAAAAAAAAUCACCACUUCGUACUGGAAAAGGGGCAAAAGCAGAAAAAUAAAAAAUAAUCGCAAGUCUCACGUGCUUUUUCCAAGGCUAUUGCACCCCACUGCAGGAAUCGAGUACACUGCUCGUUUUUAAAAUAACAUAUUUUUUUCCCAAUCGGUCACGCGCUUGAGAAUGUCUCGUUAUCGCCCUAGCAGCCAAACACAGUGGCGGCGGAUUGGCCCUUUACCGGGUGGGGCAGAGCAGUCUCCUGUAUCCCAGCCGGCGCUAAAGGCGUUGGUUUUGCCGCGUUCCCGUCGAUAUUAAGCAGGGCUUGAAACCUACGUAACCUCUGGUGCUAGAGGGCUUGUUGUAAUGUUACAUGACAGGAGUUCAACUCAGUGAUUCUCUCUCUUUCUUUCUUUGCAUGGUUACAGUGCAGCUCCAUGGAAUUGCUAUGUCACUGGAUCUGCCUGCAUUUUAUAGCUUUUGUGCUUAUGAUUGUGCUCAAGUGAAGACUAAGACUAUUUAUUAUGUGACCGAAGCCAAGCCGAGAGUGUAAAUAAAGUGGGCAUUUUUCAUUGUUGGCCAUCACACUGGAACAAAAGCAACACUUUUUUUUUUUUUCUUCUUUUUCAUCUUAGCAUGGGGGUGGGGGCAUGUACUUUCCAGGCUGUGCUUCUGCAUUGCGAUUUCUUGCUACCUACGCUGGCCGUUCCUUCUUGAAUGGGUUUCCAUAUGUCAUGUCACGUAAAAACCACCCCCCUUUUUUGGGGCCAACUAUGAGGAAUCGUCAUGCCUCAUCCAAAUGCAUUUUGUUGCUUAAUCUUCUCAUUCAUUAGUCUAUGUAGGAAACCGCCUUCGACAGAUAGCGACCAGCCAAUCUGCAUCGGAGGUUAUUAAAUUGCUUUGCAGCUUUUCUAUGAGGGUUUUUGUACUCGUUGCAGUCUUUGCAGAGAGCACACAGAACACCAGUCCUGCUUGGCCAUUAGGUAGACAGCACUGCAUCUCAUGGGGAACACAUCUAGCACUCUUCUAUGUAUGGCAAGUAGAAAUCUAUGUUUAGUCAUUCCGCUCUAGAACAAUUUUUGGGCCUUUUUUCCGUUUUCAUCUUGCCCAGUUCUUGGAGUACAUACGAAAUCAUUCCCCACUGCAAGGAUCUAAUCACGAAAAACAUUUUUUUUUUUAAUAUUUUUUGUUUUCUCGUACUUCUAAACGACACUGAAAAAGCUGGACUUAGUGGAGCGUGAAGACCUGUCAGAGCUGGUUUAUUUAGUGAUGUGGAAUCUAUUGCUUUCAGUAAACAAAUUGUAAUCAAAUGUUUUGUAUUCUUGUUUUCAUUUGGACAAACAAGCACUGUAAUUAAAGCUAUUAGAAUAAAGUUCCAUCUAUUUCA